GAAUUGGGACUCAGCUUCUGUUGUAACCUUUGUGAAAGAGUUGUCAAACUUGACCAAAAGUAAUGCUAUUUUUAUCUUAAGGAUUAGUUGUUUAAAAUAUAUGCUGUACGUUGAAGAUGAGCAACCAUUGUUCAAUGAUGGUGUGACCUGUGAUUCGCAACGGAUUUUAUUGAUAUGGAUUAAAAUUUCUUCAAGUCAUGGAAGUACACACUGCUGUUAUGUCUUAGAUGCAUUUUAUGGUGAACGUCUGUGGCGCCGGUGAGUCAGGACUGAACUCAACUCCCAACGAUUCACUAUUUUCCACUUUAUUUCCACUGUAUUGGAAAUCAGAUUUGGCACACACCAGGAGGAGCAGCUAAUGGCACACAUUCUCUUGUUACCAGUCAAAGAAUAAGUGUGCCCUACUCCCUCAGCCUCCCGUUUUCUUUUGUUACUACGAAUGACAUCAUGGACCUCCGUGGUCGAAGUGUCCCGCUGAUGGAUGACAGCGCUCUGGAUGUAAUGUCUGUAACAAGCCCUGUCAUAUAGAGAUGAAUGUAAACCCAUUUUAAUGUGUCUGAUGGCAUCUACCGCUGGUUUUCUUUGGAGAAAACCUUGACUCAACAUGCAGGGGAGGCCCGGGCAGGCCCAUCAUCAGGAGCUAGGAUGCCUAUCACCCAAGAAAACGCCUUGAGCCAUCUCCCCCUGCUGGAGAACUGGCAAGAGAAAGAUCAUAACGAAACGGAGGAGUGUCAAAAGAGCACACAGAAUGGGUCUCUGUGCCAGGCUGCCAUCAACAAGCUCGUGGAAUACAUCCAGCUAAACUUUGCCGAGGUCGAAGGCCCGCUGAUAAGUGGUGGCCCGUUCAGAGAAGAAAUAGAUUUUGAGGUAAAGGCGAUCUGUCUGCACAAGGGUGAUGGAGAUGGAUCUGAGUUUGGUCUCAGCUUUGGAAAUAUUCCGAUAUUUGGAGACCCCGAGGGAAAGAAAAAAGGGAUCCGGAGGAGGCGCAGGAAGAGCGAUAAGGGUCCUGUUUUGGAUGUUGGGUGUAUUUGGGUGACCGAAGUGAAAAAGAACAGCCCAGCAGCCCGAUGUGGAGAUAUUAAACUGCGAGAUGAACUGCUGUCACUGAACGGUCAGCUGAUGGUUGGAGUUGACGUCACCGGAGCCAGUUACUUGGCGGACCAGUGCUGGAAUGGGGGCUGCAUCUACCUGAUCAUGUUACGGAGAAUCAAACGCAAAGCUCCUCUACCUCCAUGCAAUGGCAGCAAUGGGGGCAGCUGCGUGGACGUGUCCAGCGAGCACAGAAGCAACAUCUCUUCUGAGUCUACAGGUAGCCCGACGCAGAAUGGCAAAAGAACUCGAAAAUUUGGCGUCAUUUCCCGUUCUUCAUUCACUCGGGACAGCAAGGACAGUAAAGAUAGCCUGGACUUUGAGCAUGAAAAUUGCUACAACUCCAUGGAGGCAGAGGUCUCAUCCCCUGAGACCAGCACCCCUCAGGACACGCCAACUGACGAGAGUCCGUUUAUUGGUCAUUCAGAGGUGAUACCCAACCACAUGAAGGUGGGAAGCACGGCCACUCUACCCACCCGGUUGCACGCACGCAACAAAACUGACUCAAUAAGCAGUGAACCUUCCUGCCAGCCCUGCGAGGGCAGUCGGAUCUGGAAGAUGCACAUGGUAAAGGGCCAGGAUGGACUUGGUGUCCAGAUCACUGGUGGUCGUGGGUCCAAACGCUCCCCUCAUGGAAUCAUUGUGGCCCACGUGGAAGAUGGAGGAGCUGUACAGAGAGAUGGGCGUCUGAAGGCAGGCGAUGAGUUGCUGAUGAUAAACGGUCAUUCCCUUGUUGGGCUCUCACAUCAGGAGGCUGUUGGCAUCCUCCGUUCCACUGCUGGACUGGUGCAGCUGGUGGUAGCCAGCAGGGAUGAAUCCGAAGUCGACUUCCAUAAGUACCCGUCCACCAGCCUGCCCGACCUAGUGAGCACGUGCUCUGGCCCGGAUGCCUUGACCUCCCCCGGUGAGGAGAAGGAGAACAUGGAGCCGGACGUGGAGGACGUGAGGGCCAGCAGCCUUUCGCUGCCCACCCAGGACUUGUUUACAGAUCUUGACAGACUGGAGGAACGUGGCAAGAUUGAAGGUCCCAAGGGAUGCUGCCGUAGCCCCACACCUAUGAAGUUUCGUAGCAGAUCCCAAGGUGGUGGGAGCCGUCUGGAGUCUGUUGGUGAAGAUGAUGAGCUAAUCGUGGAAAACGGUGACACAGGUAGUGACGUGGCGGAAAAGCCAGCACGAGGAGGUCGCAAACACUCUCUUCCUCAGCAACUGGACACAGUUGGCAUCCGACAGGAAUAUCAAAUCGUGAAGAAAUCGGCACGUUCCCUGAGCACCGUUCAAGUGGAAUCUCCAUGGCGACUGGCACAGCCAUCCAUAAUCUCCAACAUUGUUCUGAUGAAAGGACAGGGCAAGGGUCUGGGGUUCAGUAUUGUCGGAGGGCAGGAUUCAGCACGGGGGAGGAUGGGUAUAUUCGUCAAGACCAUUUUCCCCAGUGGAGCAGCUGCAGCUGAUGGGAGGCUAAAAGAAGGUGAUGAGAUAUUGGAGGUGAAUGGAGAGUCCCUACAAGGCCUUACACACCAGCAGGCCAUUCAGACCUUUAAGCAAUUGAAGAAGGGAGUAGUAACCCUAACUGUACGGACCCGGCUGAGGAGCCCCAGUCUGACGCCCUGUCCCACGCCCACCCUGCUCAGCAGAUCCAGCUCUCCAAAUUCAAAUGCUAGCGGUGGAACACCGGUCCCUUCUGGUUUCGAUGAUGGAGAUUCUCGAAAGGGGCCCGGUCCCAAAGAUCGCAUCAUCAUGGAAGUUACCUUAAACAAAGAGCUAGGUGUGGGGCUGGGUAUUGGUGCCUGCUGUUUAACACUGGAAAACAGUGCUCCUGGGAUCUACAUUCACAGCUUGGCGCCAGGAUCCGUUGCCAAAAUGGAUGGCAGAUUCAGUCGAGGUGACCAGCUCCUGGAGGUGGAUUCUGUGAGUCUGAGACAUGCAGCUUUAAGUGAAGCCUACGCUAUACUGAGCGAAUGUGGACCCGGGCCGGUCAGCCUCAUCAUUAGCCGACAUCCCAACCCCAAAGUGUCUGAACAAGAGAUGGAUGAAGUGAUUGCUCGCUCAAUGCACAGAGAGAGUCAUUCUUCCCACACAUUAGGCCUUCCAUCUAAGAGUUCAUCACCUACUGCCAAAACAAGGCAGGGUGAAGGAAACCCAGCGCUCAGCUGGACCAUGAAGAGAUUCCUAGAGCCAGCCAGCAGGCAAGGCUCAUUGAGUUCAGAGGCAGAGCUCUCUCAGUAUUUCUCAGGACCCAGUCAGUCUUCUUUCUCUGAGACUAUGGCCAUGGGAUCCAGUGAUGACGACAUGUUGCACAGCAGCAGAAGCUGUAAUACCUCCAUUGAGGAAGCCGUUCCACCUCAGCCACAUGUUUGUCGGGAUAGUUCCUAUAGAGGUUCAGACAGUAGUCCCACAACACCAGACUGCUGUAAGGCCCCUGCUGGAACUGGUCGUGCAGUAGACCCACCCCAUCAGGCCAGCGUGGGAAGCAGCCCCAGUUCUGUACGCAGCCCCCUUCUCCGCCAGCGCCGGGUCAUCUGCUAUGAAGAUGAAGCCAGUGAUGACGAGACUGGCCUUGAAGAGGACUCUGGCCCUUUUUGUCGUCUUCUCCAUGGUGUCUCGCAGACUGCCCACCACCACCACCAGGAAGAAGACUCGGGUAUUGUAAUAGCCACUUCAUCUCUUGAAGUAGAUGACGAAAGCCAGGACAGCAGCGAAGGCCACAGACAAAUCGGCAGCGAGCCUGCCACUCCGCUCUAUGGUAGCUCGCUAGAAUCCGAGGAAGGAUCUACUGGACCACAUGGAGCUGAAUCUCCCUUCAUGCCCAUUCGCAAUAUGGAGCACAACAGUGGGACGCCUGGAGGAACCAACUUGGGUGUGAAAAAAGAGCCCCAUCGAGAGGCACAGGAGUUCAAACGCUCACCAAAGCUGGAGCACAAAGCCGUAACCCGCGUGAAGAGCAUGAUGAGCAUUGAGUGCCCCAACCCUCCUCAAAGGGUCAAGGGUGAAGAGCCACCCUUAGUCCAGACAACCCCCACACAGGGUACGCAAAACAGCACACGUCCGCCCUGCAGACUUCUACACUGCAAGAAGGGGGAAUCCAGUGACCUUGCUGGGGUCUGUACCAUUGAGACUAUAGUGCUUCAGCGUAGGGAACAGGAGUCUUUCGGUCUGGAUUUGGAGAUUAAGUCUUCUCCACUUAAGGUGCUGAUCACCGGGCUGAGACCAGGAGGUGUUGCAGAAAGGGAAGCCUCAGGGAAGAUGAGUGUCGGUGAUGAGAUUGUUACAAUUGGUGACAUCCCCGUGUGUACAUCAACCUAUCAGGAGAUCUGUGACCUCAUGCGUAACCUGCCAAUCACACUUACUUUAGAAAUUAAGAAGCCAGUCUCAGCUGUAGAUCAACUUUCAAGCCUGAUCAUGUCUUCUGGCUCUGAAGGCUUGUCUAAAUCGGACGCACCUAGACUUCCCCAAGAGGACAAAAGCAGUAUUGACAAAACUCAGGUUGUGGCUCAAGACAGCCCUUCAUCAGAAACAAAUGCAGAACAGAUAUCAGUUAUGCCUGUCACUAACAUUGAUGAUAUCAUAAAUGAACUGAAAACAGCUGAAAACAAAGAGACGGAUCAAAAUGUCGUCUCAAAUGAAAAUACAGGCGAGAGCAGUAAAGUGGAGGAAAUAAAGACAUCAACCGCAGCACCAUCACAUCUGAAUCUUUUGGAUUUCACAGCACUGGUGGAAAACGACGCAUGUAAUUUUCCUCUAGGAAAGACAUUUCUAAAUAGUUACUCAAGGAACUUUAGUAAUAUAGAAGAUGACAUUGUACCUGUAGGGAAAGAACAGGGAGAGAAACCAAGUAUGUAUAGUCUAUUGCAGGACAGUGACUCCGAGAGCGAAUCUGCCACUGACAAUGCCGUCAAAGCAGAGAAGCCUCAAGGUCACCGUGAAGAUCCUCAAGACACUGAUGAGGAAGAGGUUGAGCUCUGUUUCAGUACUGUCAAUCAGCCUGCAUGUGGCCAAUCAAAUAGCAGCUCUCUUCUGCACGGAAACAGUAUUAUAGAUAGCAAAAAUAUUGAUCAGACCCUCAUCAAUACUGAUCUCCACAACCCACCUUCACUUCCCAUACAGGAUAAAGAUUCCAUUACAGGUGACGCACUUUUAAAUGGAGAUACUGGACACUUUCCUACGCAGCAGGAGGAGGUAAUGUGUGUUUCUCCACGAACUUCAACAAGCAAUGCUGAUGUAAAAUGUGAAACUACUUCAGAACCUGUCAAAAUCUGCCAGACACCUAUAAGUGUCAGUCCUGUUACACAGAGCGACCGUCAUGUCACGCCAAGGAGUCCGGAAAGGACGGCCAAGCUGCACUCUCCCUCCACAGAGAAACCCAGCACUGUGCACGUGCCACCGAGGUCAACUGUGUCAGAGCCCAAGGCAUCAAAUUAUACCAGUGGAAAGAUCUCCAAUACACAAGCUGCACAAGACAAGGAGAGAGAAAAAGUUAUACUUGACACUAAAUCAGCGCAGAGUAAAUCCACCACUUACAACGGCAGGCCGUUGGGAAGCAAAUCCCCUAAUGACAACCCCGGUUCACCACUGCUAAGGAAUAAGCUCAAACUUGAUGAUAAAAAGUCAAACACUUCUUCUAAACUUAAGGGUCUGACAAUUAAGAGUAAAUGCAAAGAGCAAGAACAGUCGGUCGCUAGAUCGACCAGGAUGGAAAGCCAAGUACACAAAAAAGCUCUCAACUCUCCGACUCAGUCUCCUAAACUUAGCACCAGAAAACAUUUACAGAUAGGUAGUCCGAAAUCGAACAGAUCCUCUGAGAAGACUAGGGUUUCUUGUAAAACUGACCAAAGUCAAACAAUUAUGUCCAGUGUUUUAAAGGCAAAACCUAUUGGCGCUGGCCAUGAAAAACUCAAACCUGACCAACUGAUAGCAGAUGAAAAGGAGCAAGACUCAAAACCAGAGGUCACUGCCAAUACCACACAAAGAACUUUUAUUGAAGUAAGACUUUCAACUUCUUCAUCGUCCACACCUGUCCUAGCACACAAGGAAAUUCAUCAUGCAAGCCCUGUGACCUUAAAUCCAGUCGAGAGCGAGGAAUCAAAUUCUGAACCUUCUCUUGGAGUCUUCUUAGAAUCAACCAAUACCUUAAAUUGUCCUUUGCAGCAAAAUGGUACUGUUAAAACAAGUGAAACUGCUGAGAAAGUGUAUUGCAAUGGUCAGGAUGAAAGCCCCCUCAGAAACUCAAAUAAUAAAGAUGCUGUUUCGAACCUCAAGGUUAGCACGUCCAAACUCUACCUAAAAGGACUAGAACGGAGAAGCUAUUCUACAGACCCUGGUGGGUGUCUAGACCCAAACCCUUUUUCAGUUCGACAAAGAAUCCAGUCUUUUGAGAAUCUGGCCAGCUUUGAUGGUUCUGUGGUAAGGUGCAUAGACGUCCCGUGCUAUGCCAUUAACUCCAAGCCACCUCUCAAUCGGAGGCUGUCUGGGUACAUCGUAAGCAGUCAGCCCAGUGAUAGCCGUUCACUAAGGAGGAGUUUUAGCUCUUGUGUGGACGGUUUAAGCUCGCCCCCGUCUCAGUUGCCCCAGCUACAAAAUUCUUCCUCUAACCAUGAAUCGACUUCUUCAAACGGAAAAGUGGAGCCGAUUAUGAAGGAGAAAGCAAGAAACUGCACUUCUCACAACCAAUCCACAGUACACACACCACCUGUGCUUCGUUCCCGCAAUGCCCGUGCCCAUGGAGGCCUGUCACGCUCAAGACUGAGAGAGAUAAGAGCGUUAAGCAUGCCUGAACUGGACAAGCUUUGUACCGAGGACUUUUCCAGUGACUCUGAAAAAGUGAUCUUUAAGACUGAGCUGGAGAUUCAUCCUCGUAGGCCUGCAGACCCAGUUUUAUACAACACGCAGUGCAUGGUCGUGACCAGGGUGAGCAGUGUUGACGCUGGGGCUUUUGGUUCGGACAGCAAUGUGGAGCAACAUGAAAACCAAGUAACAGGACUUACAUGCUGGUCUAUGAGUUUGAAAGAUCUUAAAUCUUCUCCCUUGGACCAAAAGAAGGUGCAAGAUGUUCUGGAUUCCCUCACAACCAAAGUGGAUGUGACGACUCUCAUACAGGAGACAGAUGCUCUCUCAGAGGCUAAAGAAGAUAUUUACUUUGUUAUCUUAACCAAAGAGACUGGUUCUGGAUUGGGUUUCAGCAUCGCUGGAGGAGUAGAUCUGGAACAGAAAUCUAUCACUGUCCAUCGGGUGUUUACUCGAGGGGUGGCGGGAGUGGAAGGUACCAUUAACAGAGGAGAUCGGGUUCUGUCAAUAAAUGGAACCAGCAUGAGUGGGAUUACGCACGGAGAGGCGCUGUCCUGCCUUCAUCAGACCAGACUGCCUAGACAGGCAUUAGUGGUCAUACAGAAGAACAAAGAUACUGAACCAAUAUCAUCUAGACCAGAGCUUCCCAUUCAGACUCAAGUCCACCUUUCCCCUGGACACAGAGACCGUUUCAGGGGGAGAAAAACUAGUGUAGAAGUAGGACCUGAUGGAGCUUUAAGUGUGGAAUUACAGAAGACUGCAGCUGGCUUAGGGUUCAGUCUAGACGGUGGUAAAGCAUCUGUCCAUGGAGAUCGACCUCUUUACAUCAAACGCCUUUUUCGUGGAGGAGCCGCUGAGCAGUCUCGGGUUAUUGAUGUUGGAGAUGAACUUCUAGCCAUCAAUGGCAGGUCUUUACAAGGCCUCAUGCACUACGAUGCUUGGAAUAUCAUUAAAAUGGUCUCCGAGGGCCCUGUCCAGUUAGUCAUCAGAAAGCCCAGGACCUCUGUAUGAUAUCUGAUGUAUGCACACCCAUUGCACGUAUGUGAUGAAGGUGCCAAACUGUGGUAGAUUUGUAUUGUACAUAUAUUCAGACUUUGCAUUGCUUUUUAUAUGUGUUUCUUAUUACUUUAUGAUGAAGAAUUCGUUGCACAUUGUUUUUUUUAUAAACCAAGGCUUCUGCAGUUGUGCAGUAUGCUUAUAUAUGCGGGGUAAUGGUUUUUCUUUGACUUUUUGAUGACAUUUAUUGUAAAAAAUGAUAAAUCACUGCAUCCCGUGUAAUUUAAUUUAAUUGUGAAAAUUGUUUUAUAUGCAGCAGUUAUUCUACAGCCUCUGAUUAUAUGGUGAUAAUGUAAACCACUUAAAAGUGUCUUGCCUUUGCCUGACCGGAUGAAUUCGUUUUUUAAACAAUAUAGAUAACAAACUUUGUGUAAAUCCUAAAAUCAGAUUUCGUUUUGAACUGGUUUGUUUUUGUUUGAUCUGGUUUGGAUUUAUAUCUUUACUCUGUAUUUUAGUGUUCCUCUUAAAUGACUUUGUUUAUUUUAAUUCCUUUAUUAUUUAAUCUUAAAGGUGAAGUGUAUAAUUUCGGUGCCUCUAGCAACAUCAAAAACAUUCAUGUAACUUCAUUGGUUGGGCACUGACAACCAGGUACUUUCACCCCAGUCGUUGAGCCAGAGCCACAAUUUUUACACUCACCUUUAAAUACUUGAAAUCAAUCGGGUUAUUAGCAUUUAAAUUACAUGGUUACAAAGUGAAGAGAGCGUUUUCACCAUAUAGUAGCACAUUUUUAAUUAGACUGACAUUUAAAAAAUUCACAGAUGUGUUUGUUCUGCAUCUUUUUACAGCUGUGAAUCAUUUGCCAUGUUUACUCACAUCUCCUUGUAAGAUAUGCUGUAUCAGUGCUGUUAUUAUAUUGAACUUGAUUCUUCUGUAAAUAUUGCAGUUCCCACUGAAAUAAUGUAAUUUAAUUAAGCUCUGUAUUAAGCACAAGUGUGUUAUCUAUUAUGUAUAUGAAAUAAGCAAUCAUGAAUAUUUCUAUUGUCUUUCAGACAUUCUGCUAUUGUGAAUAAAGACAUCAAAUAUUUUGUA